CCUAAGGCGGUAGGCUGAAGAACACAACAAGCGGAACUGGUGUCUUUUGCAAGAUUGAAAUCAUGGCAGGUCCAGAAACUGAUACCCAAUUCCAUCUCACUGGUAUCAGAAAAUAUUUCAACUCUUACACUCUCACAGGUAGAAUGAAUUGUGUACUGGCCACAUAUGGAGGCAUCGCUUUGAUGGUCUCAUACUUCAAGUCAAGGUCUAAAAAAACACCAGCUGUGAAAGCAACAUAAACAGAUUUU